UCUUACCAGACUUCAGACUUCACUCUUCACACUCAAAUCUUACACGCAGCUUCUCUCACUAAACCAAUUCCUCUCCCACUUCUCUUUCUCUCUCUGUCUUUGCUUCAUUUGGAUUAGUUUGAUCAGAAGAGAUGGCCAUGGAAGCUUUGAAUUCCCCGAGAACAGCAACUCCUUCGUUCCACUGUGACGAUAUGGAUCUACACUGCCUUGAGCCAUGGGCAAAGGGCAAACGCUCCAAGCGACCCCGUCUCGAUCACUCAUCUUCUGAGGAAGAGUACCUUGCUCUCUGCCUCGUCAUGCUCGCUCGUGGAGCAAGAGGAACCGACGUUGUCCCAACCACCACCACCGCCACGGCCAAGCUCCACCCACCCCGCUACCCUUCUCCGCCACCGCUGGCCGCUUCGCAGCCACCCACUUUGAAGCUGAAUUUCAAGUGUGCCGUAUGCAAUAAGGCCUUCCCUUCCUACCAGGCUCUUGGUGGACAUAAAGCCAGCCAUAGGAAACUUAACGGCGCCGCCGAAGACCACUCCUCUUCCUCCUCUGCUUCCACCACCACUUCCUCUACGACCUCCCCUGCCAAUUCGACACCAGCUAGUAGCGGCAGGACCCAUGAAUGCUCUGUUUGUCACAAAACUUUCCCCACUGGACAAGCCUUGGGUGGACACAAGCGCUGCCACUACAGUGGUCCGACGACAUCUUCCUCGGAUGGCCCAGCUUCUUCCAGCCAGAGCCAACGUGGUUUCGACCUCAACUUACCGGCCUUCCCCGAAUCUUUCCCCGGAUUUGCCCCUUUCGGUGGGCGAAAGUUUCAGAAUUUUGGCGAUGAAGAAGUGGAGAGCCCUCAUCCCCUGAAGAAGCCUCGCCUCUUCAUGGCAGACCUCAUCCCUCCUCAAGAUCAGCAAAAGUAGAAUUAAUCCCAUCUCCCACUGUACUUUUUUAGUGUUUUCAAAUCUUUGUUAGGUUGGAUUAUUGUUUCUGUACAGAGAAACUUUCAUUCAUUCAUUGAAAUUUUCUGUAGAACAUAGAGAUGGAGAUCUAAAUAUGUACUGUUUGAAAAUCGAAUUCGAUUAAAUUAUAUUUUUCUGUCCAA